UGCCCCCUGCCGCUGCUCGUGAGGGGGGCCCCUGUCGUGGGCUUUGAGGAGGGGCCCUCCUCCCCGGAGACCCCUUCCGGGGCCCCGACGGACGGGCCGGACGCCACCUCCCCUGGUCACCCCGAAACGUCCCCCUCCGGCCGUCUCGCUCCCGAGAAAGUGCCGCCCACGGCCUCCGGGCCCGGGGACGCAGGGACGGCGAGCGGGUCCCCGAGCAGGCCCCCGGCUGGGCCCCCCGGGGCCCAGGAGAAGGGGCUGUGGGGCCUGACUCGCACCCAGAGCGCGGUGGUGGUGGCUGUCAUCACGCUGGGCUGCUUGGCGGUGCUGUGCACGCUGGUGGCGCUGGGCGCGUUCGGCUGUAAGAGGAGGGGCCGGGGGGGGCGGAGGCGAAGGAAGGGCCAGAACAAGGCCUAGGCCGGGGCGUGAAGCUCUGUGCGGAUUGCACUGGCGCUGCAGGGCCCCUCAUUCCCCCCAGCAUGUGGGGCUGGGAGAUGGGGGUCGGUCCUAUGGUCCCAGCAGGCCUUACAGCGCACACAAGGACUGAGCUAAAUUGCCUUCCUCGCAGACCCAGACUCCUCUCCCCUCCUGUGGCCUGGAGCCUGAGGCCUGCCCCACGGCAUCACCCUUGCCCCUCGGGCACCCCAUGGGCCCGGCCUUGGCACGCUGGAGGCACCAAAGGCUGAGGUAGAGCCCUGGGCGCUUGAGGGCUCACUAGCCCGCUCACUAGCCCAGCUCCAUCGCCCUCGUGGCAGGGAACAGCCCGGGUCUCUGCGCUCCCUGCUCCCAGGCUGGGGGCACGAAAUCAGCCCAAUUCAGACAAACCAGUGCCCUGCAGGGCAACUAUGGGGGGCACUGCGUGGAUACCACGGCACUGCGUGGGUAUUGUGGCCACCCUCGGCACUGCGUUGAUACCAUGGCACUGCGUGGGUAUUGUGGCCACCCUCGGCACUGCGUUGAUACCAUGGCACUGCGUGGGUAUUGUGGCCACCCUCGGCACUGCGUUGAUACCAUGGCACUGCGUGGGUAUUGUGGCCACCCUCGGCACUGCGUUGAUACCAUGGCACUGCGUGGGUAUUGUGGCCACCCUCGGCACUGCGUUGAUACCAUGGCACUGCGUGGGUAUUGUGGCCACCCUCGGCACUGCGUUGAUACCAUGGCACUGCGUGGGUAUUGUGGCCACCCUCGGCACUGCGUUGAUACCAUGGCACUGCGUGGGUAUUGUGGCCACCCUCGGCACUGCGUUGAUACCAUGGCACUGCGUGGGUAUUGUGGCCACCCUCGGCACUGCGUUGAUACCAUGGCACUGCGUGGGUAUUGUGGCCACCCUCGGCACUGCGUUGAUACCAUGGCACUGCGUGGGUAUUGUGGCCACCCUCGGCACUGCGUGGAUACCAUGGCACUGCGUGGGUAUCGUGGCCACCCUCGGCACUGCGUGGAUACCAUGGCACUGCGUGGGUAUCGUGGCCACCCUCGGCACUGCGUGGCCACUCAUGGCACUGUGUGGGUAUCGUGGCCACCCUCGGCACUGCGUGGCCACUCAUGGCACUGUGUGGGUAUCGUGGCCACCCUCGGCACUGCGUGGCCACUCAUGGCACUGCGUGGGUAUCAUGGCAACCCAUGGCACUGCGUGGAUACCACGGCACCACGUGGCCACUCACGGCACUGCUUGGCCACUCAGGAAAAGCGCAGAUGCUGGGCGCUGGAGCGGCUGUGGUCGGAGGGCUGGGCUGGGUUGGUGCGUGUCUGCAGUGCAGUACGGGGUGGGCAGGGGAGGGGGCUCCCAUUCCAGCACUACAUGCUGUUCAUUGUGGAGCAGAGACCUUCCUAUUUCUUCCCCUCUCGCCACCCCCGUCUCUAACCCUCCCAGCAGUGCCCAGUGUCUGCCUCUCCCCACGUGGCUAUGGGACCGCGCCCCCACUGCCAGUCCGGCUGGACCCCUCACCUACCGCUUCCAGAGCCAUCUCCCCUCUCGGGGGCCAGAGCCGACCCCUCCCCCAGUAGGGUCUCCUCGUGGCCUCGUGCGCCCCGUGCCGUCUGCACCCACGGUGUGUCUCGGUGAAUACUUAGCGUGUGCGCCCCACGGGGCAGGGACCUCGGUUUGCUCAGCCUUUGUACAGCGCCUUGCACAGUGGGAGUCUGGCUCGGGACCGUGGUUCUUAGCUCCCCAGCAGCAUGAACAAUACCA